CUAAUAUGUUGGACAAGUUUUCUGUUGCCGUCGCUUUGGUCGCGACGUUUGUGGCAUCCCGCUUCUUCAACUACUUCAAGGCCAAGAGGGACCUGGGACACCUCCCCGGUCUCCGAUCCUUGGUUACUCCCAUCUCGCCAUUCGGUGCAGCUAUACCCACCUGCUGGCUCAACCCGGGGCUGAAUUGGCAAUGGCACUGGCGCCAACAAGGUAUCCAGGAUUCCAACACACUCACACUCAGCCAAAGAUGA